AUGCUCCCGUGCUCUGGAACUAUCGGUCUUGCAGGCUACGGAGUCACGACCUUCGAUGGUAUGUACAAUGCAUUACGGGACUUUCUCCAUGCAGAUGCCAGCUGGAGUGAGAUAAAGACCUUCGAACGCCUUAGCUUUGCAAUGCAUGCGGACUAUGACAGGGUGGCAAGCUGGUGCCCCGCAGUCACACCUGUGACGCUGGUUGCUGCCGCCUUUUCCAUUAUUCUGAGGAUGUUCCCUGUGGCUUCAGCUGACACGCCGCAUGGGCUUCUGCAACCAUGGAUGGGGGAGGCAAGCUCAUCAAUGAACAUGGCCUUCGACGUUUUCAACGAUCACGCCAGUGACGUUCCCGGGUCCUCAGCAAUGGUCAGAAACUUGUUGCAGACUGCGCGCUCAAGGUUCGAUGAUAUUUCGACUGAGCUGAGGGAUGCUGGCCUGGAGCCGUGGUUUGGUGGAGGCUGGAAAGGCCCAACACGGGCCUGGAUACGCAGUCCUGGCUUGCUUCGGUAUUUCAAAUGCUUCAAUCCGCGGCAAUAUCUUUAUCUCCCUGUCCCCAGCAGUGAUCCGCGAAAUCCUCAGAGCUUUUCCUACGACGUGCAUCUUUGGCCUGCGCGCCGAGACAUGCGAGGGAGGUCUGAUCAAGUGGUCGAAAGAGCAUGGCGAGAUGUGAGGAAAGCAGUCGGACAGAUUCUUGGACCUGGAGCUAUUUAUUUUCCAGUUGCCGGUACUCUUAUUGGCCUCAUGCGGCAUGGAAGAACAGUGGGUUCGUUGACGGAAGGGAAGAUAGACGUGGUUGACAGAGACGUGGAUUUGUACCUUGUGCUGCCAUCGGCGAAGGCAUAUCUUGCGUUUUGUUUUGCGAUGACGCAGCGUUUGAGGCGUGCAGGAUGGCUCGGCUGUAGCCUGAAAUGGCGACAAGAUUGGAGCCAAACAACUUUGCCGCAGGUUGACGAAUAUUUUGACUUCCGGAGAUCCUUCACGCUUCAAUGCCAUCUGCUUGGAGACGAGGGAGAUUCACUUUUGGAAAUCAAGUGGCUAAUGCCUGUCAUCUCUGUGCCAAGCGCAUGCCCACAGAAUCUCACGGAUGCGCUUCUCCCCAGUUUCUUAGAGAACCCGCACUUUGACGCCAUUUCCUGCUGUGGUGGAGUGCGGCUCAUGCCGAAAAACACGAACGUUAGCUCGGUGCCGGGAAGCGUUGCGAUUACCACCGGCCCAAUCUAUUGCCCACCACACAGCUCUGAAAAUUGCUGGUCUUUGGCAACACAAUUUAGGAGAUGGAAGGGGGUUGUACCGGCCUCUGUUUGGAACUCGCGAGGGAGAUGUCGGGCUUACAAGGGUGCUGUCAGGUGCAUGCGAAAGUCGACGUUGUUUCUGCAGACGGCAGGCGAAUCCGACCUCUACCAUGCCGGUGGGUCUUGCCUUGCCUUGCCUGACUUGGCAUGCCCAGGACAUGUAACUGAGUGGCCCAGCGGCCGUUCGAAGUCUCCAGAGAACUUGCGUUUGACGCAGGGCCUCACGGAUGCAGAUGUGCAGGUGUUGGUCUCACGCAUGCUUGAGAUGAGAAACUCCGGCUUCGUGACACACAACAUCACUGAUUGCGACCUCCGGCUUUGCAUCAGAAAAAGUGCAGAACUUUGUUACGACGAGAGUCCCUCCAGCUGCUGCUCCUUCUAG